CAUUUGUGGGUUCAGAAAUUGUGAGUUACUGCCUCAUUGUCAGAAUUCUUAGCAAAGUUAGAAAUAUGUACUGUGCUCGCAAAAUGAAUGUACCAUGCACCAGUGAUUUUACAUAUGGAACAAUUCUACUUCAGGUAAUACACUAAGAUUGGCAGACCUGUGCUCUGUACUUGACUUGCCAAGCUGCUGAAGGAAAGAGCUGAACAAGAUAUGGUCAUCUGCCCCUUCCGCCAAAUCCAUGUCUGUAGUACUUCUGAAUUGUCUUAGGUUUAUUCACUGGCAGUGUUCACAGCAAUAGUAUGUUUUAAAAGAGCAAUCACAUUCGACAAGAACAACAAAAAACUGUACUGUAUUUCUGCUUCAGUUAAUUUAUUUCUAUGCGUUAGAUUUUUCAACAUGUUUUAACCUACUCUAAAGGGCACAACAGCCACGUCUACUGUGGUAUCAUUCCCUUGUAGUUGGUGCAGGGAACUGAAAGAUUGGAUUGUGGGAACUUCCUUGAAACUUAAGAAAUUAGCCUGAGGCAGGUGGAAGGCUUGAAUCCCAAAAAUUCUACAAAGUAAUGUGAUGCAAAGAAUUGUGGCCUGUCUUUUCUGUUCUCUAAUGUGUUAUUAAAUAUGAAUAGUUCAGAGUGUUUUGCAGGGAAUAAGCUGUGGUUUUACUGACAAGUCUUUGCUAUCCUAAAUCUGUGAUAAACAGCAAAUGUGAAGCUGGAAAUUUAAUAGAAUUCUACAGAUUGCUUAACAGAGGCCUCAAAACUUUGAUAAGAUUUCUGCAAGGACAUGCAUAGUCGCUUUUGACUUAUACUGUUGGAUUUUUUGUUAGAUUCAGAGGAAGCCUCUGUUUUGUUUUUUAAUGGUUUUUAUAGUUCCUCAAUGGAAGAGGUGUUGAAGACAGCCACCAGCACUGUGGAAGCACGGAGACAAAAUAGUCAUGUAUUGACACCCUCAAGAAAAUAUUGGGCAAACUGAUGGAAAUGAAGAGCUUGAAUCAUCACUUCAGCAUGGCAGCAACUGAAUCUGACAAGGACUCCGGAUACUCAGAUGGCAGUUCAGAGUGUCUAAGUGCUAUGGAGCAUACUGACUCUGAGGAUGUCCUGAAUGCAUUGUGUUGGAAUGCAGAGGAUGGGCCUUGGCCUUGCCCUGUGACCACGAGCAGCUCUUUUCCUGCACUUUCUCCUAUGGUUGUAAUGAAAAAUGUUCUAGUAAAGCAGGGGAGUUCAUCCCAGCUCCAGUCUUGGACUGUCCAGCCAUCCUUUGAAGUGAUUCCAGCUCAACCACAGCUGGUAUUUCUUCACCCAUCUAUCCCACCUCCCAUUAACCCUCACCCUGUCGGGAAAAAGAGAAAUGAUCCUACUAACUACCUGCCCAUCCUGAACUCUUAUCCCAAAAUAGCACCACAGCCCUGCAAAAGGGAUCACUCCUUCGAUCUAGAGGAUCGGCAGGAAACCACUUGCCAUAAACGACUCUGCACAGAAGCAUCUAAAAUGGAGACUUCUCCUAUAUCAAGGAGCACAGAUUUGUCUACUAGUCCUUUUGCCCAUCUACCAGUUAGCUUUAAGGCUCCUGAGGAUUCUAACCAGCAAAAUUCUUCAAGUUUGAUGACAACUGGUAAAGCGUCAACUCUUCCUGGUUUCCACUGUGUUUCUGCUGACACUCCGAAAGUUCCAGGUUUGGCUUCUCUCUUGCCUUUUGGAACUCUACAGACAGCAAAGUGCACUCCUCAUGAGAAUGAGUGUGCAUCACAAACUACAGUGCAGUCUGCAGUGUGGAGCCUACCACUGAUACCAGAAGAGACUUGCACUAGCCCCGAGCUGCUUUUGCAGCAGCAAAGUAAGUGCAGACGCUUUCAGAAUACACUCGUUGUGCUACGCAGGUCAGGAUUGCUAGAGAUCACUUUAAAAACCAAGGAGCUCAUUCAUCAGAACCAGGUGACUCAAGCUGAGCUGGACAGACUGAAGCACCAAACACAACUUUUCAUAGAGGCAAUAAAGAACAAUGCUCCACAGUCAUGGGCAGAGCUAGAAGCAUCUCUAACAGGUUCAGAUAAAGCUAAUAGCAACCUUGAAGACUCCACUUAUCCAAACAUGUAGUAAAAUGGUACAUAGAUGUUAAGUUAUUCCUGUGCCUCCUAUUUCCUGUCUCAAGCUUUACUUGAACGUUCUGAGUCCAAGAUGUGCAAGGUGGCAUGCCAUUUACAACUUAUCUUUACAGCCGGCCGUGGGACUGGGACAGCACAGUGAGAUCUUGACAAGAUGAGUACUCGCUACUCCAGUAUGACCUUAAACUCCAUGCUAACUCUAUACUUUCUUGGACUUCGGAAGCUUGGAUGUGCUCUGCUGGCAUUCUCCCAUUCUUGCUUGUCUUGUGAGAAGACGACAAUCAUUUGCAGAAUUCUGCAAGCAAGUCUCUUCCCAUUCCCAUCUUCAGAUUGCCAGUUCUGAGAGUGGCACGGAAAAACAGUCCCCAGUAUUGGGCUAUCACCAGUUGCAAGUAGAUGAAGGAAGUUGGUGUGAGAAGAAGUUUAGUUUGGUGGGGUGGUAUCAGACUGUUGCUGACUAUUGAUGGAGAAUCUUGCUUUUGGGGUUACAGUUGUUUUGAAUUAGUGAAGAUCUGCUUGUGGUGAAGCAACAUUCUGUAUUUAUUGCAAUCUUUGACCAAAGUGACAGGAGUCUUAGGAGCCUGGUGACUUGAUUUUGUUGAGUAUACGUUGGAUUUUGAUCUGUAAAGAUGAAUGAAUGAGAAUUGUAAGGCUUGCACUGGAAGUGUUUGUUUCAAAGCUGUUUUUAUUUGCACUACCCAUUAAUGACUAAAAAGUGUUCAGGGCAAGUGGCUUUGGAUUUUCUUGGUAGAAUGCAGAGGCGUUUUUAAACAUGGUGCAAGGAAGAUACUUGUUCACCAGGGUUAAUUUGGCAAGACUAGGUAAAUGUUAUUUUAUUCAUGUAUCUUUCAUUUAUAAGGCUAGACUCCUUCUUUAUUUUUGCUGUGAAAUUGUUCCAGUCUUGUUCAGCAUCUUCAUCAGUGACCUUGAUGAGGGGAUAGUGUCCACGCUCAGCAAGUU